AUGCAAAAAGGGGCCUCAACUAAAACGGGCCUAGCACGCCUGCGACCCCUCAUUGCAAGCAAGGAUGUUCAGGAAAUGCCAAAAGACAAAUUACCGUCAGGAUGGUAUUAUAACGAAAAUAAAGAAGAAGACAUCUGGAAGGAUUUAGAGAAGAGUAAAAAUGUUUCAACUGAAAUCACAUUGGAUGAAGAAAAUAAACGAGCACAAAACAAAUCUCAAAUGUCUGAAGCAUCUUCAAAAAUUACAAAUUUAAUCGAUAAAUUUGAAGAAUUAGAUCGCGAAGCUGUAUUCCAAAUACAAAAAAUAUCAGAUGAGAACGUUUCUGCCGAUGAAUUAACACUCGAAGACUUACCAAAUCUUUUUAGCAACCAAAAAACGUCUGUUGUUCAAUUCCUUAAUGAAUUAAAUCAAGUAGGAGAUACACAGACUCAACUUCUUGAGUCUUUAAAGAACGCUUUUUAUCAAUUACGCGGAAAUACAUCUUUCUUAUCCGAUGAAGCAAAAAGUCAUGAAGGAGCGCCUGAUCCUCAUGUAUUUUUAGAAAGUUUAGAAAAGAUAUUUGCCGAAAAUAUCGAAAGAGCUGAAAAAGCUUCGACAUUACAUCAUGAUGUAACUGGAUUCUGGAUGAGGCAUGUUACUGACUUCAAACGAAUCAUUGUAAAGAGAGAUAUGGAUAUUGCUAAGCUGAAAGAAACAAACGAAGAACUUCAAAAGGAAAUUACAGCGAAAAAUAACAAAAAGAAGCAAGAAAAGGCAGAUAUUGAUGAAAUGAAGCAAAAUAUGAAGAUUCUAGAAAAUACUGUUAAACAACUUGAACAAGCUCGCUCUCAAAUUACUCAAUUAAAAGCUCAAUUACAAGAAUCAGAGCAACAAAGGGCUGCUCAAGCAUUACAUAGAGUUCCUUCGAUAAGCUCAUAUGAGAAAUCACAGAAUCUCGAACGAGAAGCUGAUGCUUUGAACAAACAACUCGAAAUUGAAGCGAAAUGCAAGAAUCUGGAAGAAAGGUUGAACCAAUUGGACAAAGAUCUCAGGAAAUCACGUAAUGAGACCGAAGAAGAGAAAGGCAACUCCGCUUUAUUGCAAAAACAAAUUGAUGAGUUAAAUCAGCAACUUUUGCAAUCCCAAGCCGAUACAAAGAAAUAUAUCAACCUUUUAGAAGUCGAACAAGCGAAAUCCAAAUCUCCAAGACCAUCUUCACCAUCAAAAGACUCAGGAUUGGCAGAAUCUGAAAGAGAAAAUUAUUUGACCCAAAUUAUGAAAUUAAAAGAUGAUUUAAGGGACCAAUUAAUCAAAGCAAGGCAAGCAUUAGAUGACCAAGCAGUUAUGCUACGUCAAAAGUACGCAAACGAGAGAUCAAAAUUAAUUGAACAAUUAUCUGAGAAAGACAAAGCCAUAGAUAACUCAAACUUUCUUAAAUCCAUCAUAGAUGAAUACGAGAAGAAGCUUGCUGAGCAAAAGAAGAAGUAUGAUGAGAAUAUGGAAACAAUGAUUCGAUCAUGGAGUGGAAAACUGUCAUUAGAACAAAGACAGUUCCAAAACAGGAUCAGAAUCAUCAAUCAAAAUCAUGAAACAGAGAUUCUUAAUACCCAGCAAUCUUUGGAUUACGAAAUUUCCAAAAUGAGGAUUGAAUUAGAUGAUGGAUAUCAAAAGAAACUAUUAGAAGAGACCAAGAAGUACUCAGAUGACAUGAAGAUCCUUGAAUCAGAGAACUCCAAGCUCCAAACUAAAGUAAAAGAACAAGAAUUAGAACUUGGAAACAUCAGAGCAAGGUAUGGAUUAGAAACUCCACAAGAAGACAAGCAAAAAAGCAUGUUUACAGCAAUUAUCCCUCGUGCUGAUCCAGCUGAACUCAAGAGGAUCAUGGAGAGCUACAACCAGAAAGUCAAAACACUACAGGAUGAUUUGGAAUCUCAAAACAAAUGGGCACUUGAAAAACAAAAGAAUUUCUAUGAAAAUAAAAUUGACUCAAUGACGAUUAAAAACCAAAUUGACAUCAGAAGAAUGCUGCUAAAAUUACAAGAAACAAUAGCAAAAAUAGUUGCUGAUGGCGAAGAAACACUUACAUUGGCACAAGCAUUGGAUCAAAUCUCUAACACAGUUCAAACAAUGAAUGAUCAAUUGGAAGAAAAUGAUAAAACAUCUGAAGAAGUUGUUUCUCUUAACGAAGCGAAUGAAAGAAUGAGAAUUUUGACAGAAAACAUCACAAAACUUAAAAACGAAAGAGAUGAUUUACUCCAGAAAAUAGGCAUGGAUUCAACAGGUGCUGAAGAACUUGAAGCUCUUAAAACUCGUCUGAAAUACUACGAGUCAAUGCAGAAAGGAGAUCAGCAAGCACAAGCAAAAGCAAUGAAAGACUUGGAAGAUAAUCUCAAACAAGAAAUCAUGGUUAAAGACGCGUUGAUUGAACAUUAUAAACAAGAAAUGGAAAUGAGAACUGCAUUUUUAGGUAAGAAAGAUUCUUGUGUAAUAUUCACUUUACCUCCGAAGAUGAAGAAACAAAGGAAACCUGCAAUUCUUAACCAAAAACCUUCUCUUCCUGAAAUCCCAAUUCAACAAAAAGAAGAAGUCAAAAAAGAUGAAGAAAAAGUGACAGAAAAUGAAACAGAAAAAGUGACAGAAAAUGAAACAGAAAAACCGAAAUUAGAACUCAAAAUCGAAGAACCUAAUAAAGAAGAGGAAGAAAAGCCUAAACUUGAGACAGUUAUUCAAGAACCUGUUUCAAUUGUUUUACCUCAAAAUGAAGAAGAAAAAGUUGAAGAAGAGGAAGAAGAAGAUAAAUUCGAAUUCGAAGAACCACCAUUGAGUGAAGAGCCAAUAACAUUGAAACCACAUAAUUUCAGUUUAAUGAGGUCAACUCCUCAAUUCAUUUUCUCUGGAGCUUCUCUUCAAAACCAGCCGAAAUCAAUUGAACCUUCUCAAACAUUUGAAAUGUUCAAUUUGAGUCAAAACGAAGAUGACGAAGUAAUCAGCAAUCAAAACAUAUUGAAGCCAAUUACUUUAUAUCUCGAAGAAGUCCAGAAUGUCCAUCAAUCCCUCAACAGCUCCCAAAAUAACAGUCUUUCAUUAAUAAAGACUGGAGAUGGAAUUGCUCCUGUUAGAUCUACUCCUGUUUUGCCACAAUUAAAUGGAGGACACACUGUUCAAAUCAAGGCUAGACCAACCCUCAAAAUGCCUUAUAUAAAGAGUGAUGUACAAAAAUCAGGUGAAAAUUCAUCUGCAACAUCACCGAAGAACAGUGGAAGAACUCUUACGAUUAAAACAGUUGCAAGAGCAAGUGACAUCAAAGAAGCCACAAAAUUAAAUGGUCGGGCAACUAUUUCUAUUCCUCCUUCGAUUUCUUUGGAAAGAUCGAUCUUCAAACAGAUUGAUAAAGUUCCAAGAUAUACAAUGCAGAUCAUUCCUGUCUUUGACGAAGCUCCUGAUCUAACAGAUAAAUGGCAGAAACCAGAAUUGAUGUAUAUAAAUAAUCCUGUUUUCUUACAAAAAUCCGCCAGAUCUGCCAAAUCAGUUCACGUUGAAGAAGAAAGCGAAGAAUCAGAGAAAUAUAUUUCUGUUCGUUCCACAAGAAGUAGGAAGAGUGUUAAGAUCGAAAGACCUCAAUUAUAUAUCUCUGAUUCAGUCCAUUACGGUGUUAUGCAGAGAAUUGUUUCCAUGACACAACAAGCAGCAGCAAGAAUCAUCAGAUAUAAUGGUGAUAGAGAUAUUGCAUCAUUUGAUUCGAUCUACAUUCCAGGAAUUUCUGUUUCUCUCAGUUUAGUUCCUAACUAUAUUUUGAAUGAUGCUUUCGAGAGACAAAUGGACAUCAAUUCUAAAAUUGUCUGGAUAGAUCCUGAACUUGUUGCUGAACGCGAAAGAAACGCAAAAGAAAUUGCAUCAAGAGACAUACAAUUGGCUGCAAACAAACAAGAAAUAGAGUCAUUGACAAGCCAAUUAAAAAAACUUGAAGCUGCUUAUAGAAUCGUCUCUCAGAAUGAAAACAGGUUGAGAGAAAGAGAAGCUUCACAAUCAUCUCUUUUGCCAUCUCAAAGAGCCUCAACAGAAACGAAUUUCCAGUUACAACAACAAACUCCUCAAAAAGUUCAACAAUCUCCACAAAAAGUGACACUAAAACCAGAAGAGAAACCUAAACAAGAGAAGAAAGCAAGGGAUCCUAACCAAAGAGCGAAUAUUACAAAGAUCAAAGUUGAUCUUUCCAAUGAAAUGUCCGAUGUCGAUGAUCCAUUUACGAAAUCAAUCCAAUUAAUGGCCGCAAACAUGAGAUUCAUAAAUGAAUACAGAAAGAACGAAGAAGAAAUUGGAGAAACAUUGAGAAGUGAUUGCUCAGCUUAUGAGUCAUUUAUGAUGGCCACAGGAACAAUAAAUGAUGCACAAACAUCUUUCAUUUCUCAAAUGAAAGAAUCCUACAAAAACAUUCAAAAGAACACAGAUCAACUUGAUGAAUUUAACUUAUUGCAACAUCAGUUGUUAACUGUUCUUAGACAAUCGAAGAAGAAAGCUCAGUCAUUAUCAAAUGACUCGAUGAAUGCUGCAAAAGCAAUUUUGCAACAAGAAAUUGAUAAGUCACAAAAAGAAUUACAAUCUUUGUAUCAAAGUGGUCAAGAAAAAUCCGACCAAUUCACGGUAAUUGAGAAGAUCAGGACUGCUCUUGAAAUGGUAAAUACUUUAGAAGUUAAUCUAAGUGAAAAUGAUGAACUGUUAUAUCAUAGAUUAACAAAACAACUCGAUAUGACUGAAGAAAAGAUUAAAAAUGAUGAAAAAGUUCAGCAAGAAACAAUUGACGGAAUUAGAAUUUCUGUUCAGAAUCUGAUUGCAGGAUUGAAACCAGUUGUUUCUCCACAGAUGUCUCCAACUGUUUCUGAGAAUACUUCUGUUUCUCCUGAGUUGAAAGACAAACUCGGAAAAAUGACAAAAGAUUUGGAAGAAAUGAAACAAAACUUAGAAAACGAACAGCAAAAGAACAUGACAUUAACUCAGAAUUACGCCAAACUCAAGACAAGACUUGAUGAAGAGAGAGAAACUAAUUCAAGCACAAUAUCAAUGUACCAAACACAAAUUGCAACAUUAAAAGAACUUUUGCAUCAUGUUGAUAACCCUGCAUCACCUGUAGACACUGUUACAGCAAUCAGAAGUGAAAUUAUCACAUUGCAAUCUAUGGUUGACACAAUGAGAGCUGACAGAGACAUGCAGAAGAACAAAGUUAUUGAGUUGGAAGACCAGAUUUCCGCAAAAGAAGAAGCAAUGAGACAAGAUACAGAAAGAUAUGAAAAUUUGCUUCAAGAGAAAGAAGCACUUGAAAAACAAGUCAGAAAACAAGAUGAACAAGCUCUUUUCCACGAAAGCGACUUGGAAACAAUGAAAGCUGAGAAACUGGCCAAUGAACAAUUAGGAAUGAAGAACAGAUUACAACUUGAAGAAGCAAUAGGAAACAAUGAGAAACUUUUAACGAAAAUCAAAGAAUUAGAAGACACAAUUAGAAACCAGAAGAAAGAAAUAGGUCAAGUAAAGAACGAACUUGAAGAUCUACAGAUCAAGUACUCUUUCGGACACUAUUUCAGAUCGAAGGUUCCUCACACAAUGGUUGGAACGCAAACAACAUUUAAACUCGUGAGAAAGAAACCACAACCAGAUGUCAAUGAACCACAACAACAAAAAGAAGUUCCAAAGGAAGUUCCUCCUCUUGAAAUCCCUCAAGAGCCAAAGAAGGAAGAAAUUAAAGAAGAACCAAAACAAGAAACUCCUCCAAAAGUUGAAGAAAAACCAGAAGAAAAGCCACAACAAAAAGAAGAACAGUUAAUUGAAACUCCUUCAACAACAAACAACAAUACUCCUAAGACAGAAGAGAACUCUGAAAAUAUAAGCCUCGCUGAUGAAUCUGAUGAUUAUUCCCUUUAUAAUUCCAAUGAACAAUGGGUUGAUAUGUCAAAUGAAGAAGAUAAAGAUGAGUUUAGCGCAGAAAUCGCUGAAUCAACAAGAGAAUCAGAUCUUGUAAACAUCAAAGAUUUCGGAAACCAAGCUGUAGGAAAAGUUCAUGACCCGAUUUGGUCGAGAAAAUCAAAGACAAAACUUCCUCAAGUUAUCGAGCCAAAGAAACCACAACAGAAGAACAAACCAAGACCUAUGACUUCUAUCCAACGCCAUGCAAUAACAACAGACAACUCAAAGCUCGCAAUCGGAGAUGCUCCAACAAAUGGAAACCACAUGAAACAAGGAAAUCAACCACAAAGAUAUCGUCCUGCAGUUAAGAAUUUCACGAAAUCUCCGUUUGUUAAUGCAAAACCUCUUGUUUUGGAGCCAAUAAUUGAUAAUUACAAGCUUGGAAACCAAGUUCCUCAGACGAUGCCUACAUCUCCUAAAGGACAAUCUCCUCCUCCAACUGUAAAUAAUUACAGGAGAGUUCCUGUCCCUCUUUUCCAGACAAUUACGACAACUCCGCCUCGUCCUGGCCACGAAUUUGAUGAUGAUGUUGACGCGGUAAAGAUCACGCGUAUACAGUACGAACUGCCAAAGACAACAAUGAACAGUCCUCGACUUCCAAUCAUCAUCCCUGUUCAAAGAGAAACAUGGGCUGAAAGAAAGAAAGCGGAACCGGAAUCAAAUGAAAAAGGAGAUUUAAGCGAAAUCCAAAUCAUCAUUUCAAAACUCAGAGAAAAGAAUGCAAGACAACAAAACGAACUCGAUGAGAAAGAUAAGACAAUUGACGAACUCAAUGCGAAGUUGUCAGAUCUCCAGAAAGAACUUCAAAGAGUUAAAUUGGAUAUGUUGAGAUCCGAUGAAACAACACGUAAAACAAGUAUCAAAUAUGAUAGUUUGAGACAGAGAUUUGAUAUUGCUUUGCAAGAACUCGACCAAAGAAAUGACGAAGCAAAUUCGAUGAGGAAAGAAAUAGACAGACUCAAGAGAGCUGCAAAGCCAGCAACAACAACUCUCGGACGUAUAAAGAAUGCUCAAAACGAGAUGCAAAGAAUUGUUACAGAGCAAAAGAGAAAGAGACAAAUGCUUGAUAAAGCUAAAGUUGCACUUGAGAAAUCUACAGAUGAUAAACUCACGAAACAUUUGUCGAAUCUCCUUCAAAACACUCAGAAAUCAAUAUCCAGAUUGGAAGCAAAUAAGAGAAUGUGGAAAGAAAUCGAAUCCAAACAAUUGAUGUCUGUUUUGGGAGCUCUUUCUCUUGUUGAUGAAAAUCCAUCAGAUAUCCUCAAAACUCUGAGAUUGCCUGUUGUAAGACCAAGACUGAGACCAAGAAUACACAAUACAAGUGAAGCAAGUUUUGAUGUUUCAGGAAAAGAUGAAGAGAAACCAUUUAACUACCCAUUCACAUAUGAAAAGACUUUGGAAGUCCUUAACAAUGAAGGAAUAACUGACGAAGAAAAGAAAUUAGCUAUUAGAGGUGUACUGAGUCCAAAUGUCGCUGACAAGAUCAAAGCAGCAAAUGAAAGACAAAAAUUGGUAAAUGCUGUUGUAACUCCUUCAAACACUGAAAAUACUGAAAAAAUGCAUUAA